GGCUUCCGUAUCAGACAACGCUACACCACUCCUUCUGGAGUAAAUUCACGCUAAAAUAACAACAUAUCUAAAGCUGACAUUUAUUCUUUCUUAUAACUGUGUGUAAUUGUUGUUAAUAAGUCAUUAAAAAAUGGUUAAGUUUUACUGCAGUAAUAUUGUGGUAGUAACCAUGGUUAUUUGUGUUUACUAUGGUUUAACUAAAUUCUAUGGUUAAACUAUAGUUACUGUAGUGAAAACAUGGUUAAUUUUUGUAAGGGUAAAUAAAACAGAACUCUAAUAAUUUUCUGUUUAGGCUCAUAGCUAUAUCUAUAUCUAUAUUAUCUAUAUUAUAUUGAAUUAUGACUAAAAAUAAUAUUUUAAUAAUAUUUUAAUAUUAUACGACGGUGUUGGACUUCAAAGUAUUGGAAUAAUGAAAUAAGUGGUAUCACCCAUCCCUACUAACAGAGGGACUUUGCUAGAAAGCAACACCACGCAGUUGGAAUUUGCAGGAUGACGUCUGAACCAGUGACGCAAUACCACGUUUCUUCCUCCAAUCAGAGCGCGCGGCGCACGAUUUCGAACUCCAACGUCCUCGACGGGAAAUACGCCAGUGAAGUCGUUCAUAUAAAAUUUGUUCAUUGUUACGCGUUAUCCGUUCUAAAGAAGCGUUUCAUUCAUCUGGUGAUAGUGGUAAAUAUAUAGCUCAGACAUGGUUCGGGAGCGGGUGGUGCAAAGGAAGUCUUUCCAGGAAAGUCUGGACGACAUCAAGGACAAGAUGAAGGAGAAAAGAAACAAGCGUCUCGCCAGCGCUUUAACUGCGAAUCGCGGCCUGUCAAAGCUGAAGAUCAAAAACACGGCUACAGUGCAGCCAUUUGUGCUGAAGAGUGUCCAGGUGAACAACAAAGCUCUUGCAUUAGCCCUGCAGACAGAGAGGGAGAAGGUAAGGCAGGCACAGGGAGUCAUUCUGCAGUUAAAGAAAGAGAGACAAGCGCUUAUCUUCCACCUGUUGAUGCUGAAGAGGACGCUGAGAGAUCGGGGAGCCGUGGAAAGCGCUCAGAUUUCUCCUCCUGUGGAGAAAAGUUCACCAAGUCCGCCUCACCCCAUCAGUCCAAGGCCUGUACAUGUUGUAGAGACUCACCCAGCAGAGCCCCUCAAAGAGCCGACAUUUUCUACAAGCACUGAAUCUGUGUCUGGUUGCCGUGGUGACAGACAGGUUUCAUUGCCCCCUACAGUAGGAAUAAGACGAAAGAAACGCUCUGAGAAUGUGCGGAGACAGAGCUCAUGUUUUGAAUCCGUAGGGAAAUGUGUUACAGAUGUAAUGGAACCCUGUUUCCCUGAGGAAAAAAGAGAAGAGACUGUCAACAGUAGACAAGGAGUGGGGCUUAGCACCGAAUUGGAGGACAUUUGUAACAAAGUGGAUGUUGUUGGACAGAAAACACAGCCGAAUUUGAAUAUGUGUGCGCCUGACAGUCUUAACACAGAGUUAGAGAUUUCUGAGCUUUCAGCUAUCCAGCAUUCAACGCCUGAGCCCCCUCAACGGACCACCAGACAACCCAAGAAAAAAACAACUCAAGCAGCCCCUCGGCCCAAACCAGAGAGAGGACGCAAACCAGACCGAGCCCUACUGAAGAAGCCAUGGGAAAACCCCAAACCACGAGCUCGCUCGAAAAGCCGAGACCGUUCGCAGAGUCGAGCUCGAGUGGCUCCACCGCCUGCCGAUCGGCUUAACUCCUCGCUGGGUGGCAAUGACACCUUUGACUUUGACUGUGAGGAGGCAAUCCAUCUAACGCCUUUCAAAGCAGGGAACAAAGCUGUGGAGAAACCAUCACCCGAUGCUCCGGUUAAAGAGGUCACACCCAAUCCUGGUGCUGUGGAGACCAACAACAGUUCCUCAGAAGACGAGCAGGAUGCAGAUGACAGCCCUUACGUACCAAAAAGGAAAUCCAGGAGAGCUUGUAGUCCGCCACCUAGACGAGCUCGCUCCAAAAGACGGUCUAAUCAAGAGGCCAGAAAGAACAGAGUGAGAGAAAAUACUGCCCUAAAGCAGCACCAUGUUGAAAUAGUGCACACAGAAGAAAAUAAGACUGAAAUUAAAGAUACUGGCCCACAUCUCCCAGAUGCUCUUGAUUCAGGCCCUCUGUUUCCAGAGUCACCAGUCUGUGUUACUCCUGAGAAUUUUAGCCAAUCAGAGCCAACCCAAGAGAUCUAUCAAGCUCCACCUGCUACAGUGGCAGUAGAGUCUCCCACCCCCGUUACCCCUGGUGGAGAGGUGGAACUUAUGAUGAUUGACUGCCCAAUAUUUGAAUUUCCAAAGUGUCCUAGCAACUCAUCUGAUCAGGAGAAUAAAAUGCCUUUGGUGAUGAAUAGGGGUAGGAGAAAAGGUGGGCUGGUUGUUCGCUCCUUUCUGGGCUUGGGUUUGAGUGAUGUGACAAAUCUGUCCCCUGCAGCCUAUCAGAAGCCCUUGUCUACUCAAGUCACGCCUCAGUCCUCCACUCGCAAGCGGCGCUGCACGAGCACCAUCAACUACAAGGAGCCAUCAAUCAGUUCAAAACUUAGACGUGGUGACAAAUUCACAGACACACGUUUCCUGCGGUCCCCUGUCUUCAAGCAGAAACCAACAUCCCGUCGGAGUUCAAUUAAAAAAAUGGAGAAAUAUAAUGAGUCUUUUGUUGGCUGUCGUUAAAUAGCUCAGACUUUGUCAAAUCAUUUCUGGCCAGCUUCAUAGAAUACCAAGUGAUGUCUCUCUACAGCAUUGCAUUGUGUUUUUUAAAAUGGCUGUUACAUAAUUGAAUUUCUUGUUUCAUCUCAUGAUUUAAAAUUGUGAAUAUUGAUUAUUAAAGUUUGUCAUUUCAAUUGUCCCAAGGGCUCUGAUUUUAGUUUUGAAAAAUAUCAAAAAUCUUUCUAUAAAUAGGAGCCCAGAUAUACAAAAUGAAUUGAAAAGCAUUCUGAUUGUACUAUACAUACAGGUGCAUCUCAAUUAAUUAGAAUGUCGUGGAAAAGUUCAUUUAUUUCAGUAA